AUCCAAAACUUUCAAAAUGAGUGUAUGCUGCAACUCAGGAUCAAACACCUCUAGGAUUCUAAUCCCUAGAGAUGGGAAGUGCUCAUCUCUGAUCUCUUAGCAAGCCGGAAACAUUACAAUCACACAGUGGAUUAGCUAUAAGUUCACUAUCCAAUUCAUUACAAGCAUCUCCCUUAUACCCCAAAGGACCGCAGCAGCAACAAGCUGGAAAUUGCAUCUCUCUUCAUCUUCAGGGGUGCCAGAAAGUCCUCUUCCGGCGGCGGAGACAGCGGAGGAACGCAAUUGCCGUGCUACACACUCACCUGUUCUUCCUUCAAUCAUCUGUUUGGUGAAGCAAUAUCUUGAAGUUGAAUUUGAAACUGUGAAUUCAUCAGUUGCUUUGGCCAUAGGCAGACAUCAUUCAAUGACAGACAGAGUCAUGGAUGAUCUUGCAGCUCACUGAGGUUGAAGGCGGAGCCUCUAAAAAGAUACAUAGAUGUUGCUGAUGGAGCGAGGAUACGCCGCCGAUUAACCGGAUAAUUGAGUUGAGCUAUUAGAGAAAAAAUGGUUGAGAUUGAAAAGUCCAAAAUCUACAGAGAUCCUGCUUUGUGCUAUGUUUUCAUGAUGCAUAAUCAGAGGCACAUUGAUACAAGCCAAGUGAGUGUGCCCAUCCAUUACUGCAUUUCAUAUAUUUACCUUUUGAUGCGCUCAACCAACUUUUAGCUAGUGAAACUAGUCUUAGGCUUAGCACACAAUCCUAGAGGACGAUAACAUUUUAUUACUUGAUGAAGUUCAGUGCACUUGCUGAUUUUCCCCAUCAAGUUCUUGGCGCGUUGUAAUGUGUUAAUAUAUGUUGUGUAGAGAAUUGAUUCAGGACAUAAUAAUAAUAAUAAUAAUAAAAAUCUCUAGCAGGUGAUAGGAUAAUAUAAUAGAAAAGAUGGUGGGCAAACACACAAUAAGUAGACACCCAGAAUGAGAAAGAAAUAAUGAAUGUGAUAUACGAUGUAAUGUGAUAAAAAAUGAUAGAGAGAGAGAGAGAAAAUUGGAGUGUAUGAGGAGUGACUUUAUUCUUGGUGGUCUACAUACAUAUCAUAGUUGUAAUAUAAUAGUGUUUUGGCUCUUUUCCUGAAAGUUUCUCUUUAAAAUAAGAGGAAGCUUCUCAAUUGAAUCAAAUAGUCAAAAAUGGUUGCUGUUCUUAAAUCUGUGUCUUGUGAAAGCCAUUCUUACUCAAUUGAGAGACAACAUGAAUGAUCAAAUGCUCAUCAAAAUUCUGAGAUGGCUAAUGAAGCCAAAAAUAUGGAGAUUUGUGGGUUUUGCUUCAGCAGUUGUUGGACUGCUUUGUUAUGCUCUCAGCUCUUCCUUCAAACAUCUAUUUGGCGAGUGGACUUUUCUGAAGAUAUUUCUGUACAGUGUUUUCAGUCUCAUAAUCUCCCUAAUGAUCCUGUAUGCAAAGAUAUGGCGACACUCAAGAAGUCUCCGCUUUAAAGUUCAUAUGGGGUUUUUGGUUCUGGCCAUCACCUCUAUCUAUUCCUCUUUCUCGGACAGAGUGAUGAACGGGAAACCAGAUGUAUAUAGCCUGAUUUCAUCAGCUGCCUUUGCUAUCAUGUCACUCAGUUUAUCAAGGCAAGUCCAGUGCGGAUUUGAAGUUGAUUUUCUGUAUUUCUUCCUGGGAUGUCUGAUAGUGCAGCUCAUGAAGAUUAAGUUGCAGUUAGCUAUUGUUGGAGUGAGUUUUAGCUACUGUCUUGUUAUUCUUCGUUCUUCUUUUCCUUCAAUAGAAAAUGAGGAUACUGGAUCUCAAGAUGAACAUCAUGUGGUCAUUGAAGUGGAUUCCCUACAACUGAGAAGUACUAAUAUUGCUGGUAUGAUGCAACAACUUGAGACUUGUGUGAAGGCGCUUCAACAGGAAAAUUCGAAUGUCAUGAAGAUGCUUUCAGAGCGUGCGAAGGAGUGUCUUGAAGGUAAAUUUGAAGCUGAGUUGGUAACUGAUGAUAACUACCUGUUGGAUGCGCUGCCAUCCGGUAGGAUGAACGAGCUUUACGGAAUUGUAAAGUUGAUGAUGGAUGCUGCCUGCUGGUUAUGAGAAGGAAUGCUCCCAGGUGUACAUCAGCUGGCGGAGAGAGUUCUUGCAGGUAUGCCUAAUUCAUAAAUUGUUUGCGUUAGGGGAGACUGACAUGGACAAUGAACCUAAAACUAAGGCAUUUUUAAGUAUGAUGAUUGGUAGAUGGGUUAAUGCUUCUGUGGUACUUUCAACAUAUUAUUUCCCGGUGAGCAGCGUCUGUGUGAUUGUGUGUUUGCAGAGUUCUCAUCUUUUGCUGAUCAUUGUUUUAAAGAGGCUUGCCAUGGAGUUAUGGUUCAGCUUCUGAAUUUUGCCAAUGCAGUUGUUGAUGGGAGUCCUUCAGCUUGGCGUUUGUUCACAAUACUAGACAUGUUUAAGGCAUUGGAUGGUUUAAUUCUGAAAUUCCAGUCAUUAUUCCCUGCUUCCUUCAUGAAUGAAGCAAUUGCAGUAAAAAACAAAUUGGGAGAAGCUAGCAGAGACCUCUUCAUGGAAUUGGAUAAACUAAUUUUUCGUAUCCCAGAGGUAGCUGCUGCUGCUGAUGGCCGGCUUCAUCCGAUGACAACUUGGGUGAUGAGAAACCUCUCUAAUGCUUGGAGGUCAUGGAGGACACAAGAGAAAAUUUUCCAUCAAUACCCUAAAGGUACUAAUGGAGCGGGAACUUCUUCAUUUACAGCACAGAUGGAGCGAAUAAUUAAGCUAUUAGACAGAAAAUUGGUAGAGAAGUCCAAAAUCUACAAAGACCCUGCUCUGAGCUGUAUUUUCAUGAUGAAUAAUUGGAGGCAUAUCGAACGAAUGGGUGAAGAAUGGAAAAUGGUAGUCAUUUCCGGCAAAGAUUGGUUCCCAAGAAGCAGAGAACUAGUUCAUCAAAACCUUGAACUCUAUCUAAGAAGCUCAUGGGAUAAGGUGUUUGACUUGUUGAAGCUGAACAACAAUGAGUUGAUGGUGUCCGAUGUUGAAGCAGAAUUAAUGAAAGAAAAGCUCGAUUUGUUCAACUUCUGCUUAGAGCAGAUGUCCAGAGUUCAGUCCACUUGGCGUGUUUAUGAUAAUAAGCUAAGGGAAGAGAUAAGAACAUCUCUGGAAAAUGUCUUGCUGCCAGCCUAUGGAAUCUUCAUAGGGAGGUUCCAAGAUGUACUUGGUAAGCAUGCUCAUAAGUAUAUUGAGUAUGGAAUGUUUGACAUUCAAGAACGACUCAACAAUCUCUUUAAUGGAGGCAAAAUGAAUCAGAGUUUUGAUGAACCCUCUGUUUUCUUGGAAGCAAAAUGAACCGUUUGUUCUCUUCUACUAAGAAUCUCAAAGGUAUGUCUCCUUUAUGUUUUAGAUUGGCUUGGUUUAAGUCCAAGCAGGGCCGGUCCCGACAUUUCGGAGACCCUGAGCAAAUAAUAAAAUGGACCCCUAAUAAGUUUUUUUAAGAACAUUAUCUAUUUAAAUUGUAAAUAGCAUUAACAAAUUCAAAAAUAUAUUACACUUAUUUAAGAAAUUUAGCAGAUAAUUCGUCGCUACUUUUGUGACGAAAGUUUCCGUCAAACAUCAUACAAAAUGUAGCAAGUCAGAUUCGAACCUGGGCAGCAAGGGAGGAGAGGUUAUAACUAGCCUUAAUGUUGCCAACAGUACUGACAUUUCUUACUUUAAUAAUUUAGCGUUUUUUUUAUUAUAAACGUUUAAUGAAAUUUUUUAUUUUGGGGCCCUUCUUUUUGGAGGCCCUGGGCUGUGGGCCUGCUUGCACAGGCCCAGGGCCGGCCCUGAGUCCAAGUCACACCGGGGAGUGGGGUUUUUGUAUCACUAGGAUUAUACCCGUUUGUCCGUGCGAUGCACAGAUAAUUUUUCACGAAUUCCACUGUUAACUACAAUUAUUCAGAAUUUGAUGUAUAUUGAAUAAUACAAUUAUGUAUUUUUUAAGAAUACAAUAUUAAUUAGUCAAACACUUAUAUAUCGUUA